ACAUUGACGAAUGCAAGUUGAGAACGCAUAAUUGCCAUGUUAACGCACGCUGUACUAACAACGUGGGCUCGUACACCUGUCAUUGCAAAACAGGUUACCAUGGAAAUGGCCUUUCAUGCUCAGAUAUCGAUGAAUGCACAUCUGGUGUGCAUAAUUGCCAUGCUAAUGCACGCUGUACUAACAACGUGGGCUCGUAUACUUGCAAGUGCAAAUCAGGUUACCAAGGAAGUGGAGUCACGUGCUCAGAUAUUGAUGAAUGUAAACUGAAAACGCAUAAAUGCCAUGUAAACGCACGCUGUACUAACAACGUGGGCUCGUACACCUGCCAGUGUAAAACAGGUUACCAUGGAAAUGGCCGUUCAUGCUCAGAUAUUGAUGAAUGCUCAACUGGUACGCAUAAUUGUCAUGCUAAUGCACGCUGUACUAACAACGUGGGCUCGUAUACUUGCAAGUGCAAAUCAGGCUUCCAAGGAAAUGGCAACACGUGCUUAGACAUCGAUGAAUGCACAUCUGGUGCGCAUAAUUGCCAUGCUAAUGCACGCUGUACAAAUACCGGCGGCUCAUUCACAUGUCGGUGUAAAGUAGGAUAUUCUGGUGAUGGACGGACGUCAUUUCCUUAA